UCCCGAAACCCAAGAUGGCUCCUGUGAAUGUCUCGGUCCCAUAGCAGAUUGAGGAUGCACGAAGCUGCCGUAGAAACAACUUUUCCCCGACCGUCGCAUCGCCUGGAUUUCAAGUCGUAUGGUGCGGAGGAGGCCCUGACUUCCGUCUAGGCACCGAGCAGCCGUCGGAGCUCCGCGGAACCUUCGUCGAUCCACCAAUUUGGAGUAGUUUCGCGAAGUAGCGCUUCUCCUCGCUGUCUGUCCGGAGCGAGGUUCAGGCAGGCAGCUCAUCCAAAUGGCCGAACCGAGAAAAGUGCAGUUUGUCACCCUCUCGGCCUUCGCAGCUGGAGCGGCCGCGGAGUCCAGGAAGCGCCGGCUGGAGGAUGAGGCCGACUUCAGCGUCGGUGGAGCCGCGGAGGUCGAGGCAGCGACCGGGGCAGGAGGCGCCGCCGGCAACGGCAAAACCGGCGACGGGGACACGGCGGCAGCCGAGAACAGGGCGACGAUGCGGCUCAACCUGCCUCUGGCCGAGCCCGACGACCGCUCCUCCGCCGAGUUCAAUUACGGCGAACUCGUCCAGAACCUGCAGGCAAAGAAUAAACCCCCGAGUGUGACCUCAGCCCACAAUCCCAACGACCCCUUCGACGAUGACGAGAAAGAGCGGCUCCACGUUGAGGCCUUGGCAAAAAAGUUUGAAAAUAAAUAUGGUAAUUCAGGGAAGAAGAAGAGAAAGGACAGAAUGCAAGAUUUAAUCGAUAUCGGCUUUGGCUACGACGAGACAGACCCCUUCAUCGACAACUCAGAGGCUUAUGAUGAGCUGGUGCCGGCCUCUCUGACCACAAAGCUGGGGGGAUUUUACAUCAACACUGGCACACUUCAGUUCAGAGCGGCCUCUGACUCAGAGGGAGAGCAAGACAAGAAACCAAAUGACGACAAGGAGCAGGUGAUCAAGAAGAGGAAGAAGAAAGAAGUGAACAACCUGGAGGAGAAGAACCCGAAAAAGAACCGAGUACCUAAACAAGGAGUGAGCGCUCACACCCUCCAUCGGCCGGAGAAGAAGAAGAGGAAGAAGCUGAUGAAGGACUCGCUGUAUCUGGCAGCCAUGCUCCGCCGCUUCACACGGGAGAAGGAAGACAUGAGGAAAAGAAACCCCAACAUGGCUCACAUGGCACUGGCAGCGGGUGUUGCUAACAAGCCGCAUUCUGCCAACUCUACAAACCACCUGUUAGCCUCAAACUCCGCCCACACGCAGGGCAACGCAGCCACCAACGACCUCUCACUGGCAGACCUCACCUCUGACCCCGCUGUGAUGUCACUGCUGGGCUCGGCCAACGAGAAGGAGCUGCAGGAUCUCCUGGGGGACUUGGACUUCAGCUUGUCAGACGCUGACCCGCAGCACGCCAUGGUGGCGGCCAGAGAGAACGGCAUUCUGGGAGUUGGCCUUCCGAGCUCUAAAGCAGCAGCAGCAGCAGCAGCAGCAGCAGGAGGAGGAGGAGGGGGGCAAGGGCGAGGCCCAGGCCCUUCCAGUGGACUUUUUUCUCCGCCUCCGCUGCCUAAUGGACUGCCCGCCCCUCUUAUCAAACGCAUCGAGGACCUGCGGGUGGCCUCGCGGCAGUUUGAUCAGGAGGGCAGGAAGAAAUUUUUCACCCUGGACAUGAAUAACAUUCUCCUGGAUAUUGAGCUGCAAGUCCAGGAGCAGCCUCCUGAGGCGCGCUCAGGCAUCUACUCGCACAUGGAGGCGUUUGUGCCGUGCAACAAAGAGGCCCUCCUCAAACGCCUGAAGAAGCUCAGCCUCAACAUCCAGGUGAGUGAGGCUCGGCCUGUGGAGGAGGAUGACCGACUACGGGCGCCCCUGUUGCAGCUGAAGCUGGCGGUGUGCAGCGUGAUGCCCGAGCAGAUAGCAAGAUACAACAUGGACUGCAUGGCCAAGGUCGCAAAGCAGCAGUCAGAGGAGGGAGAUAAGAACGGCUCCGAGGAGGAGGAUGAAGAGAAACCUGGGAAAAGGGUGAUGGGCCCGCGGAAGAAGUUUGUCUGGGAUGACAAGCUCAGGAACCUGCUGUGCAGCUUGGUGCGAGUAAAGCUGAGCUGCUAUGACAUGGAAAACCAGUGCUCUCUGUCUGUGGAGGACUACCUCAAGGCCUUCUUAGAGAAUGAGGUCAAACCACUAUGGCCCAAGGGUUGGAUGCAGACCAGGAUUUUAUUUAAGGAGAGUCUGGCCAUUCACAGUCAUCUCACUGGAAACCUAGUCAAGAGGAGAAUGGUGCCUGGGCCCAAGGCCAAAGCCAAGGAGCCUCUGUGGAUCCACAAACCACAUCUCACCAUGACCUCCACUCCAUCUCUGCCCACUUCCACAUCCGCUGUGACCUCCAACCGCCAGCCCCUCUCCUCCUCGCCCUCGGAGCCCAUCUGUCUGUCGGACUCUCUGGAUGAGGACCUGACGGCUCCCUCUCUGGACUCCAUCUCCCAUGCUCUGGCCCUCCUCAGCAAUGCGUCAAGGGGCCUUGGGCCUUCUGACAGCCCUUUGUCACCCCCACCCCUGCAAAUGCCCACCUCCUCUCCCCCUCCUGUCACCCCUCACUACCCUGCAGCGUCUCAGCUCUCUUCCUCAAUCACAUCCACAACGCAACAUCAUUCCCUGUCCAAGGUGGAGACCACUCCGCUGGCAGUUUUGUCUGCUGGGAAUUUGCCAACAACGAUAACAAUACUACCUACCUCCUCUUCCUCGUCUGCGGCUGUCUCCUCCAUGGCUCGUGUGCAGGCCUCAGGCCUGUCAGUGGCCUCCAGGACUGCAAACGGCCCCUACGGCCCGAUCAAAGUAUCCACCAUUGUGGGCCAAACCCAGAAUCAGAGACAUAUUACCAUGGCAACACCCAAUCACAGGCCAAGCUUGAUGAUUGGCGGGAGUGGCAAAAUGCACCCACACCCCUCCCCGUCGCCGCCGAAGCAACGGCCUCCCCCCACAGCUUCCCCUCUGCUGCCCCCCCAUCAGAAGGGCUUUGUUAGCCCCCUGGGGAUACUAGGAAAUAUGGGAGCUCUUCCAGGACUGGCCAAGAGCAGUGCCAAAGCCAGUGGCAUCAGCAGCAACGGAAGCGCCGUGAGCAGCAGCAUCACGCCGUGUUCCUCCCCAUCAUCCCAGUCCCGCUCCAACUCUACCUCCCACCCCAGUCUGCAGACCUUCUGCCCUCCCUCCCUAGUCACUUCCUCUCCGUCCCACACCUCCCACACCUCACACUCCUCUCAGAGUAAAGCCCACACACACCACCACCACCACCACCAGUCCAACUUCAUCACGCCCAUGCAGGCCACCCUCACCAAGUCCUCGCACAGCAGCAACUCCUCUCCCAUCAUUAAGCUCACCCCUCGGCCUCCUGCACCCACUCCACCCCCCUCCUCCUCCUCCUCCCCCUCCCCCUCAUCCUCGCCUUCACACCCUCUCUCCCAUCAGAUGAUCCCCAGUCAACAGCAACAACACCAGUACUCCCCCAAAACCUUCAGGCCCCCCUUCAGUGUCUCGAGCAGCGGGCAGUUGAAGCAGACGCAGGGCAUUUGCAGCUUCGCCGGAGGCCAGAAACAUCAGUCCACCACGAUCAACAGUAGCAUCAUCAACUCCAACCACAAGGGGCUGGUGUCAGUUGUCCGCAGUCACUCAGUCAAAACUACCCCGUCUUCUUCACCUUCAGUCUCAGCCAAUAACGGGCAGAGGCAGAGGGUGAUGGGCGGGGCCAACCCGGGCUCAAAGGCAGGAAACGGUUGGGCGGCUUCAGGAACGUUGGCCUCCUCCUCAACAACAUCACGCCUCUCACAGGUAACAGCAGGCUCCGCCCUCCUGGGCAGCCCCUCCACUCUGCCCCUGGGCUUUGGCAUGUUAGGAGGCCUGGUGCCCGUCUCGCUGCCCUUCCAGUUUCCCUCUUUGCUCAACUUCAGCCCUCCCGGAGCCACAGGGGUCGCUGGCAUGGGCUCAGCCCCCAGCUCCAACUCAGGAUACCCACUAGCACAGAGCGACCUAAUUGAGCUGUAUAAGAGUCUCCAGUCAGGGUCGCAGGCUGCCUUACCUCCUCACUUGCAGCUUGCUUUCUCAGAUGCGAACCAAAGCCAGGGAGGAGACGUGAAGAGGAAAUCCCACUGACCAAUAACAGCUCAGAAGACAGACACUAUCGGGGUGACAUCACAGCUCCCCGGACACAUCCGCCAAUAGGAGUCUUCACUCUGAGUGGCACGACGAAGUGGUAUGAGGGGGGCGGGGCUCCACUGCCUCUUUUAAAACGGACCUAAAGGAGAAUCGGUUUGUCCUCUCUACAAGUGGCAAUGAUGAAAUAAUUUAACUGUAUUUUCUAAUGAACCGGGUAUGAGAACAAGAUGGAGUGAAUGACGAGAACACUUGCUUUUGUUCAGCUUUUUUUAUUAUUUUUUUCGUCAACAUGUUUACAUAUGACCGACCUUGAUCACUGUGGAAUGAGUGUGAGCAAGAAGGUGGUGGUACAGAUGAGAGUAGUAGUACGCUACGUAAUAUAAUUUGUAUUUAAGCUUAUGUGGAAUAACAGGACUCUUGUUCUUGCAGUACAAAAAGAAAAAAAGAAAAAUAGUGAGUGAGUGAUGAAUUUUUAUUUUUCUGUCUUUUGUCUCAGAUGUGGGACUUGUCGUGUCCGUAGAAAUUUUGUUGGUCACCUCUGCUCCCACAAAUGACUGUUAAGUAGUAGCUUAAAUUAAUAUUGAUAAAUUAUUUGUAAUUUACACAGGGACAACAUGUUAAAGUGUGUUUGUGUGUGUUUGUCUGUGUUUGCGCUUGAAAAGAGAUGGAGAGCUUGACCAGUGAAGUUGUUUUGAAUGUGUGUAUGUUCAUAAAAAUACACAAUGGAUAUACUGUUAAUUUCUUUCCAGAUUAUUCAGUAUGAAUGGACAAGGACGUGUAUCCCCCUUCUCACAAUAACGAGCGAGUGUAUUUGAUUCCCCUCUCUUGCUCAGUGUGUUUUUGGUGCUGUUUAAUCACACUGGACCUUUUCUGGAUAAACGACUUGAAUUGAAAAAGUUUUGGGCUCCUCUUCUGGAGAGAGGAGCCGCCUGUGAGAGAGGGGGAAGCGUCAAGAUUGUAGCCUACUUGAAUUGUUUUAUUUUUUCUACUUCUUUAUUUGUAAAUCAAGAUUUUUCAUUUACCUUCUCUGCUUAUAGACUCAAACCAACUUAAUAAAACACAACGCCUUAGUUUGUAUUUAAAAAGUAUGAAAAAGAUCUAUGCAGGACUGUAAAACGCUCAAUGCAAAAGUGCAGGUUGUCGCUUGGCUUUCAACCUUUACUCGACUUGUCAGUGCGUUUCAGUGUUUUGAAGUUGUGAAUGUCUGUCGAUGUUUGUACGUCACUUGAGACUCCUUCAUUUCAGAGCGUGCUCAGACCGACGGUGAAGUGAAUUUGAGAAGUUUGCACGCAAGGUCGUGGGAACGAUGCGAUUUAAAUGCCUGGUUGCAAAUUGACGUGAACAUGCGUCCGCGUGGGUUGAAAAUGUUCCAGCGGCAGCGAAAAAUGUCGUCUUAUGCGACUUUGACAAGACAAUGCCGUCUUACACAAUGUAGCAAAAAAAAAAACCAACACAUGGCCUUUGCCAACUUGGAAAUGUUCACACAUUAUUCCAAGAUACCCGAGUCGUCGAUUUGACAAGUGAACAACUCACGAUGCUGUGUCAUUACAGAAGUGUCUGUUAGAGAGUCAAAAUACUGCACUUUGACAGUAUAGAUCCAUUAAAUGUCUCUGGAUGAGGUUAAAUGUCAAGAGCCAACCAAGUUGGAUGUAUCAGAGCUCACAAAAGAAAUCAGUUUUCCGGUUGUGAUGUACCGAACGCUGUUUACAAGUCAGAAACUUGUAUUAACUGAAACUCAAUGUCAUGUAUGCAGUUAGCCCGACUGCCAGCCUUGUAUCAAAUUAGCAUCUUUAUUGUUACUGUCGCAGUUGUUGCCAAGUGUAACGAUCGACUGUCUUAGAGUUUAUACGGGAUUGUAGCCGUCAUGACAACGUUUUUCCAACAUGACGUUAUUUUCACCAAGUAGGAGAUAUCGUCAUCGUCAGAAACUCACGAUAUUUCCAAGUUGGAGAUGUUCGCAAAUUUCUGAUGCCUACGAUUCAGCAAUUGUAAUCGAACCUACACACUUUUUGUUUGAAUGUGGUUAUACCUGUGAGCGGGGUAACGGACGGUUGAGUAGCUUAAGGUACAUUUUUUGCCUAUUACUGGAAUAAUGUGCAAACGCGUCCGCGUCAAGAAGUAACACAUACAGUCGCGUUCUCUGUUUUUUGAAUGAACGAAGCCUUUAUCCGUGGUUUGUGCGGCGGAAAAAAAAGGCCAAAGGUGAAAAUUCCCCUCACUGUCGGUCGGAACACCGUGAUAGAGACACCUUCCUUCCUUCCUUGAUUACCUCUGUUAACAAAACUGUUCUUCCUGAGUCUCGGUGACCCCCCCCCCCCCCCCCCCCGUAUGUUGGACUGACCCACGACACCGAGAACGACGCCAAAGAUUGCUCCUGUUGUCCUUUUUUAGAUGGGGUGUUGCUGGUCAGUGUGUGUGUGUGUGUGUGAGUGAGAGUGUGUGUGUGUAAUUUAUCUGACAUUUCCCUCACAACUAUAAAACCCGUGAGUGUCAUUGUGUGAAGUCAUGUGACCGGAGCAGCGGGUGACAUCUUAUAAAUUGUGUUUUCUUUGGGGGGGGGGGGCGGGGUUAAAAAUGACAUUUGUGGUUAACUGGUUACCAUAAUUUGGUCUUUUGUAGAUUAUUUUUGUGUGUCAGUUAUGAAAUUAAACAAAGCAGAUGGUUUUCAUGA